GGGGGGGGGGGGAAGGGGAAGGGAAGAAGAGGAGCCGGGUCAUGGCUGCGUUGCUGAGUACCUACCCCUGGUCGGAGAGGCUGGAGGGGGAUCCGACCGAGGGGCUGCCCCCCGGGCCGCCCCCGCGGUGUCCUCCUGGGGAAAAAAGCUCCGAAAGUCGAAUCCGCCGGCCCAUGAACGCUUUCAUGGUGUGGGCGAAGGACGAGAGGAAGCGUCUGGCCGUGCAAAACCCCGACCUGCACAACGCGGAGCUCAGCAAGAUGCUCGGCAAGUCCUGGAAGGCUCUGAGCCUCUCGCAGAAGCGUCCCUACGUGGAGGAGGCCGAGCGGCUGCGGGUGAAGCACAUGCAAGACUACCCCAACUACAAAUACCGGCCCCGGCGGAAGAAGCAGGUCAAGCGGAUCUGCAAGCGGGUGGACCCGGGUUUUUUGCUGGGCAGCCUGACGCGGGACCAAAACGCGGUGCCGGAGAAGCGGACCUGCGGCCGGGCCGGGGGGGAGAAAGAGGGGUCGGGUGAGUACCCCCCUCGCCCGGGGCUGCCGGCCGUCCGGGGAUACCGGGAGGCUCCAGGCGGCGGCGGCGGCACCAGCGUGGACACCUACCCCUACGGGCUGCCCACCCCCCCGGAGAUGUCUCCGCUGGACGCCAUAGACCCCGAGCAGAGCUUCUUCUCCUCGCCCUGCCCCGACGAGCAUCACCGCUCCCACCUCGCCGGAGCCACCUACUCUCCGGAGUACGCGGGCAGCUCCAUCCCGUGCAACCAUCACCCUCUCAGCCCCAUGCCGCAGCCGGCCACCUGCAUGAUCCCCCCGGCCUCCGGCUGCCCUCCCCUUCCUCCUCCUCCUCCUCCUCCCAGCUACUACACACCCGCCUUCCCCUCCCUGCACCCCCCUAGCCUCCAUGCCCACCUGGGCCAGCUCUCCCCACCACCCGACCACCACGGCUUUGACACCUUGGACCAGCUGAGCCAAGCUGAGCUCCUGGGGGAGAUGGACCGCAAUGAGUUCGACCAAUAUCUCAACAACCCCGGCCACGGUGACCACCAUGGUGGGGUCUUGGUCAACGGACACGUCUCGGCGUCUGGCAGCUCCCACGCCUCCGAGACCAGCCUCAUCUCCGUCCUCGCCGACGCCACGGCCACCUACUACAAUAACUACAGCGUCUCCUAGAACCUCGGCCGGGGCCGCCUGGACCGGCCGAGGAAGGACCUGACACAGUAUUACGAGGCGUUGCUCCCCGGGGACAUCGCUCAACGCCCCUCAGGGUGACCGAGUCCGAACCACGAGGGCCGUGGAAUCUCCUCGGUGGCGUAGGUAAAGGAUUUCGGUCGUCGGCUCACCGCCGGUGCAAAGCCUCCGGCGCCCUGCUUCCAACGGGGCCGGGGCGGGGGGGGGGAUUUCCCAACGCCAAAGCCCUUUGGCCAAGUCCCUCUUCCAAAGCAGAGAUGUUCCUGGGAGGACGGGGAGGCUGCCCCCCCAUUUCGGGGCACCCCCAGCUCUGCUUUGGAGUCGGGAGGGCGGCAGCAUCCCGCAGACAGCAGGUCUGGAGUCCCGGCAAGGGCAAAACCUCCUGGAAAGGGAAAAGGCAAGGGAUGGGGAGGGGGGGGGGCAGGGAAGAUUUUGGUAAAGGGACGCACGGUCUGCAAGCGUGCUUCGUCCUGCUCUUGGCUCCUGGCGUCGGUGUCGCUGCGGCCAACCGGACCCGCCUGGUUGAACCCCCCCAUCCCCCUGCUCCCAAACCACGAGUCGGGGUCUUCAUCCCUCGGGACACGGAUGGGACACCAGGGAUGCUGCCGGGCUGGCCCCAGGGAUGGAAGGGCUGGGGGGGGGGGGGGCUGCAGGGGGGGCAGCCGUCCCCGAGGGCGCUCAGCCUGUGUGUUCCCGAGGAGGGUAAGAUCUGGGAAGGCAGGAUCCGGCCGGCAUCCACCCCCGCCACGGCUUUCCCUUGGCCUUCCCGCAAAAGAGCUCCCGGAGGAGGGGUGGCGUGAGCUGCCCUCCCCGCCGGGCUGGGAACGGGUCCUGGGAUGAGCGUUUUGGCAAGGAGGGGAUGAUGUAGCAGACAGGUUUUUUUAUCAAAUAUCCUUUGAAGUCGAAUGCUUCACGUUUCGAGCCGCAGUGCCCAAUGCCUCUUCUAACUCCGGCAUAUUAUUGCUUGUAAUAAAGCUGUACAUUGAUUUAUUCCUUCCAUUAUUCCUCCCCUCGGAUUUUGUAUUGCUCGAGUUCUCUUCCUUUUCAUAAAGAUGAAGCUUUAUUUUAAAUCAGUUAUAUGACAUGAUUAAUCUUAGUGUUUACUGUAUGGCACUUGGUAAUGAUUAGUUAGUAGCGUGGCUAUGAUUUUCUGGUUUCAGUCCCAAACAUAUAUUAAUAAUAAUUGCAAAUAAUACUUAAAAAACCCCACAACUUCACAGGUUUUUAAGCUAAUACAUUCCAUCUUUUUUGUGUGACUCUAUGCAUUUUGAAUGAGUGUAGAUAUGAGUUUGCAUAAAAUAUUUAAUUUAAAUAAAUAUGUUUUUAUACGA